AUGGCGCUCCCGCGCGGCCGGCGCCUCUGGCUGCUGCUCCUGCUGGCCACCGCCUUUUCGGGGAUCCUCUUCGCCCUGUACACCUCGACGGUGGAGCCCUACCUUGCGACCUGGGCCAGAGCCAGGGACACCACGACAUCACCAGCAUUCUUCGGACCCAGUGCGUCGAAUUUCGGGACAAGAAAGAGCCGGCUGUGCCGCUGCCCACUUUACUUCACCAUUCAGAGGCACCCCCACUUCCGGAGGCUGUUUAAUUUCUCCACUCCAGUGCUGCUGUGGGGGCAGCCCUUCACGCAAGAGCUCUGGGACAGCCUAAGCCAGCACAAAGCCCCCUAUGGCUGGCAGGGGCUCUCCCACCAAGCCAUUGCCUCCACCCUGAACCUUCUGAACAGCUCGGAGAGUGCGGAGCUGUUUGCCGCCUCCAGGGAGCCGCAUCCAGACUGCGUUCGGUGUGCCGUGGUGGGAAACGGAGGUAUACUGAAUGGUUCCCGCCAGGGUCUGAACAUUGAUGCCCAUGACUAUGUGUUCAGACUCAAUGGUGCCGUGAUCAAAGGCUUUGAGGACGAUGUGGGCACCAAGACCUCAUUCUAUGGCUUCACAGUGAACACGAUGAAGAACUCCCUCAUCUCCUACAGGAAGCUGGGCUUCACUUCCGUGCCGCAAAGACAGGACCUUCGCUAUAUCUUCAUCCCUUCACACAUCCGUGACUAUGUGAUGCUGAGAUCAGCCAUUCUGGGUGUGCCUGUCCCCGAGGGCACUGAUAAAGGGGACAGGCCUCAGACCUAUUUUGGACCAGAAGCCUCUGCCAGUAAAUUCAAGCUGCUACAUCCAGACUUCAUCCGCUACCUGACAGAGAGGUUUUUGAAAUCAGACUUGAUUAACACAAAAUUUCGAGACCUAUAUAUGCCUAGUACUGGGGCCCUCAUGCUACUGACAGCUUUGCACACCUGUGACCAGGUUAGUGCCUAUGGAUUCAUCACGAGGAACUACCGGAAAUUUUCCGACCACUAUUUCGACCGAAUAAAGAAGCCACUGAUAUUCUAUGCGAACCACGAUCUGCUUCUAGAAGCCGCCCUGUGGAGGGACCUGCACAAGGCGGGCAUCAUUUGGCUGUACCAGCGCUGACCCCCAGCCCCCAAGUCCUUUGCUUCCCCUUGCAGAGCUGUGGCUCUCGGGCCUUUCUCUCAUCUUCUCAGCCUACAAGAGGGGCUCCAACUCCCCACGACCCUCCCCUUUUUCCCAACAGGGGACAUAAAAAGUGGAUUCACAACUGUCAUGGAGGCCUGCUCCACCUGGGACACCUGAUCUUGUCCUUGGUUCAGCCAAGAGAACUCCCCUCUAGGUCUGAGAUAGACAUCCCAACCUUGGCCGAGAAAAAUGAACUGCUUCACACAGAACACUCCCAGGAGAGGAGCUGAUUCCCACCAGCAAGGAGCAGCCUACCUCAGAGCUGAGCAUCACGAAGCCAGCGGUUGGUACUGAGCUCCUGUAGAAACGGCAGUAGAGCGACUCAGGGCCAAUCGAUAGUACCAAGUACAACUACCAAGUACCUAACAGGAGGACCAAGCAGCAGUACAGGAAAAUGCACGCUGCCCAGCAAAAUCCUCCCACUAGCUACGUCAGCAUUUCCAAUCCCACACAGAAAACCUCCAAGCGAUUCUUCAACAACUCAAGUAUAAGUCUUAAAAGAGUCCGAGAACAUGGUCAACUUAUUUCUGAUCUAUGGGGAGGGGAAGCACCCUCCCCCCAUGAGAAAGUGGGAGAAACGGAAUUUGGCAGAAUGUCGUUCGAGACUAGGUAACUGCCUAAACAAUGAAAUGACCGUUUUGUCCUUGUGUUGGGGAAGCAGAGGAAGCAGGGUGUCUAA